AUGCUUCCUCGCUCGCUUCUCACUAUCUUGGCACUCGCGGCAACUUCUGCCGCGAGUGCCAUACCCCGUGCAGACACCACCUGCACCAACCCGGCCGUUCGCAAGGAGUGGCGCGAGCUUGAUGACGCCGAAAAGGCCGAAUACCUCCGUGCCGCUGUCUGUCUGCGCCAGCUGCCAAAGGAAAAGUACGCCGACAUUGAAGCCGUCACAACGCGCAUGGACGACCUGGUCUACACGCAUUUCAGUCUCAACACGGAGAUUCACUUUGUCGCCAACUUCCUGCCGUGGCAUCGAUGGUUCGUGCAGCUGCACGAAAACUUGCUGCGCACCGAGUGUGGCUACACCGGCGUGCAGCCGUACUGGGACUGGAGCAUUGACGCCGAUGCCGUCAACACAAUCAACUCACCCGUCUUUGACGCGGCCACUGGAUUCGGCGGCGAUGGCAAGCGCACCGGCAGCGGCGUGCCGGGCUUCGAGCGCUGCGUCAUUGAUGGACCUUUCGCCAACACCAACCUAACACUGGCCAUGGGUUGGCCCGAUAUGAACACGCCUGGCAACCGCUUGCACUGCUUCACACGCGAGUUCAACGGCGGCUUGGGCAAUGACGAGAACGGCGAUCCCAUUAUUGGUGAUAUGCAGGCCGGAGCUUACAACUCCAAGACUAUGAACACCAUUUACGGCUUUGACACCUUUGCCCAGAUGGCUUCCAUGCUCGAGGGUCUUCCUCACGCGCAAAUCCAUAGCAUCAUCUUUGGCGAUAUGGGCCCGGCCACGUCGCCCAACGAGCCACUCUUCUUCUUGCACCACGCCAAUGUCGAUCGUGCCUGGGCCAAGUGGCAAGGACGCAACGCCACGCGCCUCGCUGAUUACACGGGCUUCGUGGAUCAGGACGAUACCAUCCCGGCCUCGCUCACUGAUGCCAUGCCCAUUAUGGAGCUUGGCGACACAGAGCCUGUCGUGCAAGACUACAUGGACAUCCAAGCAGGUCCCCUUUGCUACACCUACUCGUCCAUGUAA